UGCGGCAAGACCUUCAAAGACGAAGGCAACCUCCUCACCCACCGCCGCACGCACACGGGCGAGAAGCCCUUCGCCUGCACCGACUGCGGCAGGUCCUUCAAGCUCAAACAGAGACUGCGCACACACCGCUGCGUCCUCACCGGCGAGAAGCCCUUCGCCUGCGCCGAUUGCGGCAAGAGCUUCAACCGCAAAACCCAACUCCUCAACCACAGCAGCAUCCACAUGGGAGAGAAGCCGUUCGCCUGCUCCGACUGCGGGAAGACUUUCAGGUUGGAACACAGCCUCCUCACCCACCGCCGCAUCCACACCGGCGAGAAGCCCUUCGCCUGUACCGAGUGCGGCAAGACCUACAACUUCAAACGCAGCCUCCGCGUUCAUUACCGCAUCCACACCGGCGAGAAGCCCUUCGCCUGCGCCGACUGCGGCAAGAGCUUUCACCGCAAAGACUACGAACUCCUCAACCAGAGUCACGUUCACGCUGGAGAGAAGCCCUUCACCUGCACCGACUGUGGCAAGACCUUCAAGUUCAAAAACCGCCUCCUCAGCCACCGCCGCAUCCACACCGGCGAGAAGCCCUUCGCCUGUACCGAGUGCGGCAAGACCUACAACUUCAAACGCAGCCUCCUCAUUCACCACCUCAUCCACACCGGCGAGAAGCCCUUCGCCUGCGCCGACUGCGGCAAGAGAUUUCACCGCAAAGACUGCCUCCUCAGCCACAGUCGCGUUCACGCCGUCAAGAAGCCCUUCUGCGCCGACUGCGACAAGGACCCUGUUGCCGGUGCCAACUGUGACAAGGACGUCAAACGCAAAGACGACCUCCUCAACCACAAUCACGUUCACGUUGGCGAGAAGCUCUUCGCCUGCACCGACUGUGGCAAGACUUUCAAGCUCAAAAACCGCCUCCUCGUCCACCGUCGCAUCCACGCCAGCAAGAAACCCUUCGCCUGUACCGUGUGCGGCAAGACCUUCAACUUCAAACACAACCUCCGCCUUCACCACCUCAUCCACACCGGCAAGAAGCCCUUCGCCU